CCCGUGGCGUACGCUGCCCCCGUGGCUUACGCUGCCCCCGUGGCGUACUCUGCCCCCGUGGCGUAUGCCAGCCACGCCGCUGUGGCUGUGAAGGCUGCCCCGGCUGUGGCUGUCGCUGCCCCCGCCGUCACCUACACCGCCGCCGCGCCCGCCAUCGUCCGUCAGGAGGUCGAGAUCCCCGUCACCAAGACGGUCCACUACGCUGACCAGCAGGUCGUCACUGGACACACCACGAGCAUCCACAAGCCGGCCAUUGCUGCCCCGGUCAUCGCUGCCCCCAGGACCCUGGUUGGCAAGACCGUCACCAACCCGGCCACCGUCAGCGUGCAGAAGUACGCCGCUGAGGUCAAGACCAUCAACCACGUGCCCCAGCCGUACGAUGUGCCUUACGAUGUGCCGGAGCCGUACGCUGUGCCCACCCCCGUGCACACGGCCCCCGUGGAGGUGAGGAGGCGCGUCUACGCCCCGGCCGUCCAGGCCGCCCCUGUGGCCUACGCUGCCCACGGCUACGCUGCCCCGGCUGCUGUUGCUGUCAAGGCUGCCCCCGCCGCCGUUGCCGUUCAGGCUGCCCCUGUAGCCUACGCUGCCCCGGCUGCUGUUGCUGUCAAGGCUGCCCCCGCUGCCGUUGCCGUUGAGGCUGCCCCUGUGGCCUACGCUGUCCCGGCUCCUGUUGCAAUCAAGGCUGCCCCCGCCGUUGUCGAGCUCAAAUCCGAUUACCUGCCCCCUGCCCAGGACUGAUCAUUGAACACUUAUCUACGUCACACAUUCAGUGCCGCCAUGCAGCACAUUGGUAGGAAGGUUUGAAGUUGCUCUGCUCAUGCGGCGUGCGGCUUGUGUUAUUGGUGUGAGGGCGGCGUCAGCGUGUGGUGCCCAGACAUGUUGUGAUCAUCUUCCUCAAUAUACUUUCAUUUCCAAUCG